GGGCGGUAUGGCCUAAAUGAUUUUAGUCUGUCCACAAAUUGGGCAAUCAUUAUAAAAAAAAAAUAUUAUCCGUCAAUUACAGUCUUGUCACUGUCAACUAUCAAUAUUUUCUAUUUUUAUUGCUGUAUCCGUAACCAAACCAAGCAUCUGUUAAUAUAUAAAAAUCACAGCUGAAGAGCUGUACUUGGUUUUGUCUCAACACCUACAUGUUCGUUGUUCCCAAUUUCUGGUGAUUUGGUCCCUAUAUUGAGUUGAUACUUGUAUAAAUAGGGGCUAAAAUAUGCCAGAAGAUAGGAAAAACCAGUCAAAAGGUAACAAAAAUGAACCUAAGGAGCAACGGCGAGCUCGCCAAGGGCGACAAAAAGUGGGAAAUGUGGAAAAGAAAUCAACCCCUGUAGAAAAUAAUAAAGAUCCACUUGAAAAAAAAGCUGAAGGAACUAAAGUUACAGUUCCACAAAAGCCAGUUUAUGAAGAUCCAGGACCAGAAUUCUACAAAAACCUAAAACGUGAAACUGAUGAAAUUCUCAAAAUUACUGAAGAGGCAAAUUCUAAGUAUAAAAGUAAAGAAAUCCAAAGCAAUUGGGCUAAAUAUGAAAUGCCAAUUGAGACUUAUGAUGAAGUGGAAGAACAGGAGAAUAUGGGUGCUGAUUAUGAGAAAUUAAUAGAGACACCACUGUCAAUUGGCGGUCAUUUUCAAUUUAAACAUGAGAAAUCUUGGGAUAUAAAUACAGGACCAUCAAUAUAUGAUAAAUAUUUCGAAAUAAACAUGAAUGACCUUGCAAUUGCUCUCUCCACUUUGCCUUUCUACGAAAGAAAUAAUAUAAACCAAGAUAUAUUUUCUGCCACUGAAAUAUUAACAAUGAAUAAUAGAGCCACUAAGUACAAACAAAAGUAUUAUAAUGACAAAUCAUACACAACUCCAGAAUUAGAAACACAUGAUAAAAUACUGAAUAAUAUCAAAGAAGAUAUGUUUCAGUCUGAGGAAAAGAUAAAUAUUUCCAAAGACAUACAAUUUGAGGGAAAAACGGAUGUAGUGCGAAAUGUUCCUGAGGAAUCAACUAUAGAAUUAAAACCAUCUGCAAUUGGAGACGAUUUAACAUUAAAAUCUCAAAGUACUUCUAAUUCUGAAAAUACCAAUACCCACGAAAGUACUGAAAAAAUUAUGGAAAAUAUUACGCCUGAACCUAAUACUGCAGCAUUAAAUACAAAAUAUAAAAAAAUAAAUACCAGUCAAUUAAUAGAUGACAUAGAUGACCUUAUCUUAGAUAGUACCGAUAAACAAUUGCCCAAUAAAGAGAUAGGAAAUACAGAUGUCCCUGAAAUUGAAAUUCCUAAAUUGGAAUCUAAAAUACUUAAAGAAGCUGAAAAUACUCCAACAAAAACUGAACAGCCCAAGAAUCCAGUUAUCCAAUCUCCAGAAGAUCUAGAAAAAUGGCUCGACGAUUUCCUAGAUGAUGAAUAAAAGAUUGCCUGUAAUUAAAUGCAUAUAAUUAUUUUAGUAAGAAAUAUUAAGAAUCAGUUACCCACCACAA